GACCGAUGUUCUCUCGACUUCGUCCAUUUUUCACAUUUUUAUGAUAAUUUGGGACUAAAAUCGUAAUUUUUAGUUCGUAAGCAUCCAAUAGUGUAGUUAUUCGAAAUGGCGUUGUGCCGUAUAGUGUUCCUUACUUUAGUUUUAAGUGUAGUGUACAGUUUCGCCGUACGAGUGCCUGUUUUUUCCUGGGGUGAUUUGAGUAAAGUUUCCAUCAAGUCGAAUCCCUUGUCCAUAGUAUCUUCUGACGAGUUCAGUUCAAUUCUAAAGCAAGAGUUAAAGAAUGAUCCGUUCACAGUGAUCUUCAUAGAAGAAACUCUGUCCGUCGAAGAUUUUUCUCGUAAAAAUGAUGACUCUGAAACAUCUUUUCCAUACCUUCACGCUAACAUUGGUGACGCCCAAUAUCUCCCUUCUGUGGAACACCCGUUGCGCGUGUUGAACAAAUUAGCUGACCCAGAGAAGGUAAAUCAUGUGAAACUUACAGAAAAUGGGCUGUCUGCUGAUAUUGAGCCAGAAAGUGGUAACUUUUUAUUCAUUAAUCUAAAAGACGCUCGUGAAGGUGAAUCACGAGCUGACCUCCUUCGACGCCAUAACGACUUCAUGGAAGAUAUGUUUUCGAAACUUCAAGAACGUUACGAUUCAGUCGUUGCCAUAUACACUGCCCAUUAUCCAUCGUGGACCAUUCCAGAGAGCCAUUCCCGAGUACGUCGUGAAGCGUUAAGGAACGAGUCUACAAGCAGCGAUUAUAUACUUGAUGGUCUUCGUUUGUAUGCUGAAAAAAUUAUGUAUGGGAACGGUGUAUCGGUGACUAAUCUUGGUGAGAUAACCGGUAGCACUUCUGAAUUCAAUGUGACUGUCAUGAACACGACUUUGACAUUCAACAAUGCACCCGUCAGACUCGCUUUGCACUUCAAAAAUCAGGCCGGUUAUUGGUUCUUUGACAGUGUCACCGUCAUGUCUGACUCUUACUCUGUAAACCUUCCAUCCACCUUGGAAGUGUACGCCUUAGAUGGUUUCUCGUAUCGUUGUGGAGAUAAUGUCUCCUUUACCAGUGUAAACGAUACUGCCACUCCAUACAACGUUACUUUCGUCGAUUUAAAGGUGCAACCUUUCUUCGAGACCUUAAACGAGACAGAAAUGGUGUUCGGUGAUUCCUUCAACUGUGUCGGUUUCUUCUCCGUCCCAAUCUGGUCGAGCUUGUUCGUUGUAUUCAUACUACUCUCCAUCACCUUCUACGGUAUCAUGAUGAUGAUGGACAUCAGAACAAUGGAUCGAUUUGAUGAUCCAAAAGGCAAAACGAUCACCAUAAAUGCUGAGUAAUUAUUUUAGCAUUGAUGUUACUGUCACCGUGUUGCAUACAGUUUGUACCAACUAUAGAACCGUUUUAAAGAUCAAAUAAUUUUGUAACAUAUAUUUGGUGACGUUGACAUAAUAAUGUGAAGAGUGCGAUUGAAGUCUACGGGAAGGUGUAAAUUAUUUACAAAAAAUUUAGGGUUUAGUUCUGAUAAAUUAUCCAAUUUCCCAACGUCUAGGAUGAUGUCUGUACAAUAUUAAAACUAGGAAACUUAAGUGCGUUCCGUUCAAAGAAAAUGAACCUUAUUUUCUUAGUCAUUAACUACAGUUGAUAACUAAUAAUCGAUACCCUCGAAAAGUAUUAUAUCAUUAAAUAUGUACAUACGGCUACACGUCAGGUGACCACAAUUUGUCUAAUACAACAUUAUUAAUAAACAAGUUUUAGCAUCUAAGUAAAUAUAAACUGAAAUUGCAAUUUUUUAUAUUGAUCCAAAUUCAUAUUAUACAGAGAAUAAGCAAACCUAAUUCUCUUCUAGGUAUAUGAAUAGUAAUAUGAAUUUUGACUAAUACUUAGUGCAGUUUCACUAUAAAUUUACUACAAUGCUGAACCUUAUUUAUCAAAAACACAGUUAAGGUUUAAAGAAGGUAUUGAACAGAUUUGUAUAACUUGACAUGCUGUUGACUGUACAAUAAAAAAAAGUGAAUUGAUAAUUAAACAAACAACGGUUUUUAAUAUCUAAUUUUUAAGGGAAGCUUUCUAAUAAAAUCGACUUCAAACUAUAAGCCGAAAUAGGUUUUCUAUAAUUUCACCUUUAUGCUGUGGCAGCGUUGUAUUCGACGUCGAGUGAGGAUUAUUUUAUUACAGGCUUAGUACAAAUUGUACUGCUGAUAACAUCGUUUACAAUAGCAAUAUAUAAUUUCCAUCGGUCAACUACUACUCAAAUAAAUAAAAGUCCAGCAAAGUUCAUAUUCUUUUAAACUCAUAAAAAGCUCAAAGAUUGUUAUGUAUGAUAAAUGAAGGAUUAUUUAUGUGAUAAUAAUAAAUGAAAACUAUUAUGAUGGUGCCUCUUUUCACAUAAAACUUAGACAAUAUUUUAUAUCGUAAGUAUGCGAAAAUUAGGAUGCUUUGUUUGGGCUACAAUUUAAAUGUAUUCAAAUGUUGUAUAAUUAUAUUUAAAAAAAAAUGUAUUUAGUAGAUAAAAGAUAUUAUUAUACG